CUCAAAGAAUCCAAGAAUUACAAAUCAGAUAAGAGACCUGUUGGUAAAACUCCGGAUGGCACUACUUUUGAGGUCCCAGAGACUCAUGAUAUGGUUAGAUCUCUAUUUGAUCCAACUUUAAGGAAAUCAUAUGCUGAAAUACUCAUUUGUUUGUGUCUCGCUUCAAAUUUCUUGAUCUAUAGAUGGUUAGAGACUAAAAGUGAUAGAAUUGUUGGCUUCAUUGCCUUGUAUGCGUUUUGGAGACUGGCUUAUAACUUUGGUAUCGGUGUCAUCUUGUACUUUCAAUCAAAUCACAACACUUUAGUUGAGUUUGCUAAACGUCACUCAUUGUUUAAGUCAUCAAACAAGACGCUUUUACAAAAAUUGGCUAAUUUGGAGAUCAAAUCCAAAAUGGGCAAUACUUACAAACCAGAAAGCUACCCAAUUGAAUUCAACACUUGGUUGUUGUUUAGGCAAUUUGUUGACUUGAUAUUAAUGCAAGAUUUCACAACUUAUAUGUUUUUGGUUUAUACUUGUGGUCAAGGGAAUACUCUAAGUCAAUCAACAUUCUUGAACACCACAAGAAUUGUUCUGGGUUCUUUGUUAAUUGGAUUCAACUUUUGGGUCAAAGUGGACGCUCAUAGAGUUGUUAAAGAUUAUGCUUGGUAUUGGGGUGAUUUCUUCUUUCUAGAGGAAAAUGAAUUAAUCUUCGAUGGUGUUUUUAACUUAUCACCACAUCCAAUGUAUUCAAUUGGUUAUCUUGGUUACUAUGGUUUUGCAUUGAUCACCAAAUCAUAUAUUGUUCUUAUUGUCUCAUUAGCAGCUCAUGCUUUGCAAUUCGUGUUUUUAACGUGGGUUGAAAAUCCUCAUAUUGAAAAGAUUUAUGGAUCAGAAACUGUCAACAACCAAGCCAGUGAAGAAUUCGAGUCAAAUGAAUCUUACCUCAAGCCAUUGAUUGUCUUUAGCAAUUUCAACCCAAUUAGAAUAUCUGAUUACUUGGCUGCGCUGUUGGUAAUUUAUACAAUUGUUGCACCAUUUGUGAUUCAACCUAAAAAUGAAUUAUGGACAAGAAUUUUUUUUGCUGCUGCUGUCAUCAUCAAACUGGGUCAAUCAUUUGGUGUCUCCUUGAUCUUACACAAACAAAGUGUUGACAAAUCAUGGACUAAAUUGUACUUGAAGUAUGGUUUAGAUAACGUUGCCGCGUACUCGAACUGGCAAGUUUUGUACAACUUAUCAUUGGUCCUUUCUUAUAGUUCCUUAAUCAGUGUUGUUGUUCGUGAGCUAAUUAAUGGUCAAUAUAAACUUGGUAAUUGGUUAUUAUUGAGGUUCAUUAUUGGUGGGUUAAUGGUUUUAUUACAAGUAUGGACUAGUUAUUCAAUCUAUGAAUCCAUUGGUGAAUUUGGUUGGUUCUAUGGUGAUUUCUUCUUACCCAAAUUAUCGAAUAGACAGUUGACAAACUCUGGUAUUUAUAGAUAUUUGAAUGAUCCUGAAAGAUUAUUAGGUAUUAGUGGUAUCUGGGGUGCAACUUUGGUUACUUAUUCACCAUUUGUGUUUGUUUUAGCUAUGCUUUGGACUGCUCACAUCACUAUCUUCAUUACAUUUGUCGAGAAGCCUCAUAUGGUCAAAGUUUAUGGAGAACAACAGGUUUCCAAAAACAUUUCUGGUGUUUCAUUAACAUUGAAACAAAUGAUGCCUGAAAAAUUCAACAAUACAAUUGAUUCAUUCUACAACAAGACAUUCAAUAAAGUUGAUGGUUACAUCAAGAAGAAGAGAUCUCAAUCUGAAACUGUCAAUAGAAAACAUGUCAAACCAAUUUUACACCAACAUAACCAGUUGUCUAGUGAAUAUUCUAUUGAGUUACUGAACCUUGAAAUUGACUCUACAGUGGAAGUUGGUAAACCAAUCAGAGCAAAAUGGACAGCACCAAAAUUCCAUUCUAAGAAGGAUUGGAUUGGUCUUUACAAAGUGAUCAGUACAGGUAGCUCUAGAAGACAAACAUCAAUCUCAAGCUCUGGUAGAUGGAUUGGUGUCAAUACAGUCACUGGGAUUGUUGAGUAUUCAGGUGAUUUAUUAAAUUUCGAGAAAGGUGUUUAUGAAUUAAGAUAUCAUGCAAAUUCAUCUCACAAAGUUUUAUCAAUUUCACAUCCUUUUGAGAUUGUUGUUCCUACAAUAAAAGUUGAAGAUUCU